ACAUAUGCGGAUAUGAUGUACACUGCAAGUCGUUCCUCCCGCAUACGUGCAACUAUGUUUCCUGAAAAUGAAGCCGGACCAUCUUCCAGUAUACCUUCUCGUACCACUAUUGUAGAACAGAUGGCCGUUCCAACUCGUUUGCUAAAAACGGCUGUGGUUGACCUUCUUGCAUUCGAAGGGUCUUCCGACAUCAGUGCUCUUCCCGUCCCUGAUCUAAUCGAUCUAAUUUCUGACCGUGACGAGGCAGUGGUGGCACGCGCGGUGCAGCGUGUAUAUCUCAUUUCUAAGGAAGAUCGUAGCAUUGUUUCGUAUCCGUGUACUUUGUUACAUAUUUUCUUAUCCAGAAGCGACAAUAUGAAUGUGAAACGCGAUGCUAUUGGAGCACUAAGCCAUAUUUCCGAACAUCCUCAAGGGCGAAUGCAGAUAUUUCGAUCUGGUGGUGUAGCGGAAUUGAUUCGAAUGCUCUACUGCCCACUAGAUACGGUGGUCCAAUACGCUGUAACUACUCUUCGCAAUCUUCUAAUGCAUGUGGACACUGUGAAGGCUCAAGCUCGUAUACUUGGAGCGAUAGAAGCACUUGCACCUUUGCUCCUUAAAAGCAAUUGGAAAUUCCUCGCACUCGUAGCUGAUAGUCUUUACUUUCUUCUUUUAGAUGAUCCACAGUCAAAAAUCGUGUUUCUGUCUCUGGGCGGACCGCAGACACUGGUUCAAAUUCUUAACCACUACACAGACUUUCCUAAAUUAAUGUAUACUGUUAUUCGUUGUGUAAGAUCAUUGUCAGUGUGUCAACAGAACAAAGCGGCUCUUAUUAGCCUUGGAUGCCUACCGGCAUUGUACAAGGAAAUGUGCGCAGCCACGGAUGAUCGAGUAUUGUUGGCAAUACUUGUGGCGUUACGAAAUCUUUCAGAUGCGGCUACAAACGAAGAUAACUUAGCACCUCUGGUGGUCAGACUGUUAGAGAUCAUUCGUGUCGCUGAUGCUGCCCAGACAUCGUGUGCUUGUGGAAUAUUAAGUAAUUUGACUUGCAAUAAUGUUCGAAACAAGCAGACAUUGUGUUCUAAUCGUGGGGUUGAGUCUCUAGUAGAGGCAAUUAAUCGCUUUCCGGACGUUGAAGAAGCGACAGAACCUGCACUGUGUGCCCUUCGUCACUGCACUGCUAGACACUCAUUUGCUGAACAGGCUCAGCAAGAGCUUCGUUUGUGUAGAAGCUUUCCAAUACUUCUGCAGUUGUUGGCAACUCUUCGCGCUCCAGUGAUUAAAGCGGCUCUUGGUGUUAUUCGUAACUCUGCACUUCUUCGCGCUAACCUCGUAGAACUCACGCAGAUUACAUUAGACAUCAGUAAGAUUUCCAUAGCAUCUACACUUCAUAUAAAAAUUAUUUUGGGAAACUGUUGUAUCGCUAACAGUGGAUAUCCUUGGUCUGCCUAUAUGGGGCGUGGUGGAAGGUUUUUUCUAUACUUAUUAUUUAGAAGCGAUGUGAGUAUGGAACAUUUCCUUGAUAUUUUCUGUCAGUUUUGUUGUUUAAAUAUUGAGGACGAACUUCUCGAACGUGAACUGUUGGGGCUUCUGUACCAGUUGAGUAAAACUGCGGAAGGCGCAAGAAAUGUUGAUGAUGCUGGUAUCGGACUGAGUUCUUUGAGUUUCAUAUACUUUUUGAAACAAGCAAGUGUUUUUACUUGUGUUUUUAGGUUAAUUCGACUGCUCUUUUCUAAUAAACUCAGCUGGUUUGAUACUGAUCUGUAA